AUGGACAUCUUCAAGCAGUACAUGAAAUACGUAUUUAUAUGGGUAAAAAUUUUAGACCAUCAUGACAGUCGCUGGAACGACAUGUUGACUCCUGUGUCCCAGAUCGACGUAUUAAGACCCGGUCAGUGGGGAGAACAGCGAAUAACUUUGGCUUCGUCAUUAGAAAAGCUAAUUAUCAUGACAACUGCCAUAGAAGUGUUAGCGAGGAUUGACAUCACCCGAGAGCGAGCACCCAGUCAGCCAGGCAGCCGCCAGCAGCACCAGGGGCCCCGGGAGCCCCCGGCACACAGCACCCACCAAGAACCCAUGCACCCGGCAGCCACGCGGGACUGCGGACCCGGCAAAGAGCACCAGCACCCCCCCAGCCCCCUGCAGCCAGCCCAGGCACCAGCCCCCGGCACCCACCAAGCACCAGGCCCCGGCACCACCAGCACCCGGCACCCACCAUGCCGCCCGGACCCAGCCCCCAUGCCCAGGCUACCCAGCCCCGGCACCCCACCACCCGGCCACCCAUGCCCCCUGACACCCAGGCCCCCGGCACCCACCCAGCACCCCGCACUCCACCCCCCACCCCAGGCACCCACCCCCGGCACCCAGCCCCCGGCACGACCCAGCACCAUCCCCCCCGGCACCCAGCACCAGACCCAGCACCCAGCACCCACACCCGUGCACCCAGCCCCCUGCACACACCCAGGCCCCGGCACCCACCCAUCACCCAUCCCCCGCAACCAGCCCCCAGCACCAAUCUCCCGGCAUCCCACCCAGCCCCCACACCCACCCCCGGCAUCCCCAGCACCGGCACCUACCAGCACCACCCUCCCUAGCACCCAAGCCCCCCAGCCCCCAGCACCCACCCCCCUUCACCACCCCGGCACCCAGCCCCCGGCACCUGACCCAGCACCCCAGCCCCCGGCACCAGCAUCCAAAUCUCCCAUCGGCAGCAAGAGAGCGCCAACCCCCACAACCCCCACAAGAACCAACAUCCCGCCCUUUGCCAACGGGUCAGUCGCCCUUAAUACCCUCCUGUCGCCUCCCCCGGUGUGA